AAUAAAUGAAUGAAUGGAGAGAGAGAGAGAGAGAGAGAGAGUAGGGUUUCUGGAUCGGAUCGACGAGACACAAUCGAUGAGGAAGCCGAGCUCGAAGGGAUAAUCGGCGGAGAUUGGAGGGGGAAUUUCUGGGUUCGGAAUCACGAGCUGGGGUGAAUCGCUGGUGGGAGAUGUGGUGGGAGGGAGGGAGAUUCUACUGGGGGAGCAAGGAGGGGAGGGAGGGGAUCGUGGUGGUGUUCGCGUGGUUGUCCAGCCAGGAAAGGCACUUGAAGCCCUACGUGCAGCUCUACUCGACCUUCGGCUGGCGGUCGCUCAUCUGCCAUGCCGAUUUUCUCACUCUGUUUUUCCCUGAGAAGGCUUCAUCACUAGCUGAUGGUGUUCUCAAGGAGCUUCUUCAGGAAUUAAAGAUCAGACCAUCACCCAUUGUAUUCGCCGCUUUUUCUGGGGGACCAAAAGGUUGCAUGUAUAAGGUUCUUCAGUUGAUCAAUGGACGAUGCAAAGGAUUAUUGGAUCUGGAUGAAUAUCAGCUUGUAAAGGACUGCUUAUGUGGUCAAAUAUAUGAUUCAAGUCCAGUGGAUUUUACAAGUGAUCUGGGCACUCGAUUUCUUCUUCACCCAUCUGUUCUGAAAAGGCCCCACCCACCUAGAGUUGUGUCAUGGAUGGCAAAAGCCUUGGCAUCUGGUCUGGACACUUUAUUCAUAAGCAGAUUUGAUGCUGAACGCGCUGAUUAUUGGCAGACUCUGUACUCAUCAGUUAAUGUUGGCCCAUUCCUCAUAUUUUGCUCAGAAGAUGAUGAACUUGCCCCCUACCAAGUCGUUUGUAAUUUUGCUCAACACCUACAGGAGCUUGGCGGUGAUGUGAAACUAAUAAAAUGGAACAGUUCCCCUCAUGUCGGCCACUACAAAUUUCAUGCAUCUGAUUAUAGAGCUGGUGUAUUUGAGUUGGUUGGCAAGGCAGCUAUGAUCUAUGCACAGAGAAGGCUGCAAUCACAGGGCUUGGAGGGUCCUUCGAUAUCUGAGUCAGUUUGCAAUCUUCAUAAAGCUGCAGCGAGCUCUAGUGAGAGCCUAAGGAGGGUAGCAACUGACCCAAGUGAUCAUUUCUUCUUGCCAAGCUCCAUGGAGUACGAGGAUAAGAAAGACACAAACCUACAAAAAGGAGAGCUGUUCCACCCACAGAACAUGCCGAGCAUCAAUGCUCAUGGUGUUCUGGGCCAGAUACUUUUUGAUAUAUGCGUUCCUAAGAAUAUAGAAGGCUGGGAUAUAAAGCCUUCUACAUCACUCAAUGGAAGGCAAACAUUUGCUGUGGCACGGCGACACGGCCUUUUCUAUCCAAUGAAGUGCAUACGACGAUCGAGAUUGUAGAAUCUUUGGCUCAUGAGGAAAGGAAAAAUAAAAGAAUUUUCUGUGGAAUCUGAUGGAUGCUAAUAUGUUGUCGCACUUCGAACUAAAGAUAAGAAGCCACAAAAUAAAGACAAAAAAAUAAACAAAUUCAUGAUGGAAUGUACAGCAACUUCAGUGUUUGUAGUUUUCCUUGGAUGUGUGGCAAUGUGAGGCUAAUAGCUAAGAACAGCAGAUAUUCAUAAGAUUGUCUGAUUUUGUUGAAUGUACAGUAACUUCAGUGUCACUAGUUGUCCCUCUUGGAAUCAUGGAAAUGUGAGUUUAUCUAAGAACAGCAGAGAGUGUAUCUUUGUUUCACUUGGUACAGAAUCUUUGGCUGCCUAUUUUCCACUUGCAACAACCAACAUCUAGGAAGACUUGAAAACUGUAAAAGAUGGCAAUAAUAUCCAUCGCGGAGCAUUGUUCCUCUGUCAGUGACAGAAAGUAUCCAUGGCUUACAAUUGAUAUGAUUUGCCAAAACAAUUCAGCAGAGAUGUUUUAUGCAGAGAAAUUACCUUCAUGGUGGAUCUGAAACACCAACUCACAUCAAAGCUUGAAGAAAGUUCUGCUCAUCAAACUUGGCAGAUGUCAAAUCUAAACUUGGUAACGAGGUUAAACAAACAAACAGUGCCAUAAGGAACAGGGCAUGAAUGUUGGCAAGAUAAAUUAGGAUAUUAUAAUGAGUCUCCCAGAGUUGAAUGGCUAGACUGCAACAUCAUGGAUGUGAUUCUUCAUUAUGUGUAUCAGCAUGUUGUCCCAUACAGUAGCAGAGACCUGAAAACAGGGGGUCAUGAGAAGGAAAUGAAGAAUCAAAUAUCAUCACACUGGUCCACAUGGGACAUGAAGGAAUGAGAAUUGACAUGACUUUGAAUUCAAAGGCCAGAUGUUCACACAACAGUAUGGCAAGAAAAGUCAGGUCAGGUUCUUCAUCCUUACUGUCAGCUCUGUUUCUGAAAGAAUUGAAUUCUGAUCCACCAUGAUAUCUUCAGCAUAUAGAAGUUUCAGGUUAUUAAUUCACCAGGGGAACUUGAAGACAAUGAGAAGAGGAUUUACAAAAGCUUCACAGAGGGUCCAACUUCUGAACAGAUACAUAUCAAUCAGCUAAUUAACUUGUCUUAGAGACUAAUGCAUUGUCAUGUUAAAAGUUCAGUUUGUCCUUCCUGUC